GCCGAUCAGCCGUGCAACCAGCGGCUGCAUCUGCAGUGGGGAGAUUUUCCGCCGAUAUCCUUCGUUUCUUUGCAUGUGUUGGUGGUGGUUGGUUUGGUUGCCUGGCAAAUCCGGCAAAUCCCGCUGAUGUCACCGCCGCCAAAUCGGGUCUAGUGCGGGGACGUCACGUGAGAGCGGGUUAGGGCCGGUCCCCGCACGUGAGGCCGCGCUAGUCCCAACCGGGCUGCCACGCGCCUAAUCCCUCGCGUUUGAUUGCUCCGGCCGCCAUCGGUGGGGUGAUUGAUUGAUGGAUGGAUGGAUUCCUUCCCUUGCCUUCUCCCUUCUCUCCUCUCUUCUCUCUCCUGGUCCCUUGUCCUUUGUCCCCUUGUCCAUCGUGCCAUCCUCUCGUUGCACAAAGUACGCCUGUACUUCUUUAUCAGCAUCCAUGGCGGCAAGGAUGCGCCCCACCUUGCAUCGGGGCACCCUGUACGGAGUACCACAGUCAAGAGAGAGUCACCGUACCCCUGUCUGUCAUACAAUGCUCUGUAUACACCGUACACAUCGCACCACUUGUGCGACGCCGGUCAGGCAACGAGAAUUCCCACUACUGGACGAGCUCAGGAGACACGGCACGGUACAUGCGUGUCUGCGUUGGAUAAGUGUGGGGAGGUAGUUCUCCCUGUUUGCCCCGGAUACACCUGGAUAUUUCAUGUCAGAUACGGACAUUCACUGUACCGCUGAUGGUGGUAUGUUGAUAGGGGUUUGUUUGGGUCAUGAGGUUAUGCUCACGGUUGUCGGAGAUGAAAUCAUGGGCGAUGUUGCUCGUGGCCCUUUGCUGAAUGGGAGAAGGGGAGAGGAAAGGG